AUGUCUUCACUUCGUAAUGCACUUCAACGACGUAAUCACAAGGAGCGAGCUCAACCGCACUCCAGAACGAAAUAUGGAUUGCUUGAAAAACACAAAGAUUACGUUCUCAGAGCAAAGGACUACCAUGCAAAACAGGAAAUGUUAAACAAAAUGCGGGAAAAAGCAUAUUUUAGAAAUCCUGAUGAAUUUUAUUUCAAGAUGAUAAACAGUGCGACCAAGGAUGGUAUUCAUGUGGAGCGUAAUUCGACUUUUUCAGGAGACAUUAUCAAAAUGUUAAAAUCACAGGAUUUGAAUUAUGUGAAAACUCAGCAUGAUCUUGGAAAUAAGAAAAUAGAAAGAUUACGGAAUGAAUUACAUUUUGUUGAUGACUAUGGUAUUCGAGAUACGAUGGAGACUGAUGAGGAGGCAGGAGAAAAACAUAAAUCUUUACAAUCACAACACGUCAUAUUUGUAGAGACAAAGGAUGAAGCCAAGAAAUUUGAUCCGGCCAAACACUUUGAUACGUUGCCUGAAUUGGUUAAUCGAAAAUUUAAUAGGCCUCGAAUAGAAAUGUUGGAGAACGAAGUUAUAUUAGCUUCAGGAGACGAAACAUUACUUCAGAAAUUGCAUAAACAACGUUUGACUAAAUACAAAGAACUUGGAGCUCGUUUGAAGAGACAGGAGCAAUUGAAGAAAGUGGAACAAGAAUUGCAAAUUCAGAAAAAUUUGAUG